GAGCAAAACUUAUUUGAAAUGAACUCGUGAGGCCCAUCCACUUGCUCCAGCACUGCCUACUUCCCAAGAAAUUCGCAUCAAACUGGUGCACUUGCCCCAACCGACGAAAUUCCCAGCUUGUCUGGGACCCGUUGUUGUCUUCUAGUGAAUUGUCUUAAUGGUCAGGAUUUCAGAUUGGAAUGAUCAAGGGCUCUCGAUCAUAACUCAUAAGUAGAGAGACCUUUUUUAGUGCCUGAACAACUCCUCGGAUUCCCUCAACACCUGCAAGCGUUUCUUUCCUCGGACACACAAAGGUCAACGACAAUGGCUGAAACUUUGAUCGUGCUUUUUUCUGGAACCUUGAGCAAGAUACCUCCGAUAUCUGACGAUCGGAGACUGGGUUUACACAAAGAACUUGAAAAAAUGGCAACUAUGCUACUUAAGUUGCAAGCUGUUCUCUUUGAUCUUCAAAGCAGCGAUGGAUAUCACAGCAGACAAACUGAGCUUUGGCUGAAAAUGCUCCAACAGAUAUUAUCCGACACUGAGACCUUGGUGGACGAGAUUGCAUAUGAAGUUCUUCGCCGAAAGUUUGGGAUCAGAAAGUUUGGGAUCAGAAAUUGGGGCGACAAGGUAAGCGGCUUUGUUGCUCCCAUUUCUCCACUUGUUUUUUCCUCGAUAAUUGAAUGUCUUCGCCAACAGAGUGAGAUCCACGAUUCGGAUAAUAAGGUGCUCAGCUUCUUUCCCUUUUCAUAUCGUGGAAAGAUGGCUCGUAUGAUAAAAAAUACUAUAUUAUCUUUAGAGGUGGCAUAUGAAGAAUUCUCAGGUAUCCGGGCUACUAGAGUGGAUUUGAUGAGCAGGCCUACUCAGCUGGAAGAAACACGCUCCAUGGCUUCCUUUCUGGAUGACCAAGCAAUUGUACGAAGGGAGAAUGAUAUCUCUGUGCUGACAAGCAUGUUGGACGACUCUGUAGACGACUUAGAGGUCAUUAGCAUAGUGGGAAUGGGUGGUGUUGGUAAGACGACCCUUGCUCGGCUAGUGUACGACCAUCCCCGGGUAGAGUAUUGCUUUUACAAGAGAAUGUGGGUACACGUAUCUGAGAAAUUUGAAGUGAACAGAGUCUUGAAUGACAUACUGCAAUCUCUAGGGGAAGCCCGCGUUGAGACAACUAGUAAAGAAUCACCAGUGUCGAGGCUUCGAGAAAUCAUUCCCAGGAGAAGAAGUUUCCUUGUGCUCGAUGAUGUCUGGACCGAGAGUGAAGAAAAAUUGUAUGAAUUGAAGAGUUGUUUGCUAUAUGCAAUGUCUGGUGGAGGGAGCAAGAUACUGAUAACUACACGCAGUCAUAGAGUUGCUGCAAUGAUGCGAACAUCUCAUGUUUGUCCCUACGUGCUACAGCCUCUCCCAGAGGACCUCAGCUGGGAGUUGUUUGAGAAAAUAGCAUUUAGACAUGGGAGUGCAGGAAAGUAUCCGGAAUUGGUAGACAUUGGUCGAAGGAUGGUUAAAAAGUGUGGGGGUCUUCCAUUAGCUAUAACAAAAAUAGCCGGUUGGAUGUAUCCCCAGAAAGAUCAAUCUGAGUGGUCCAGGAUUGAAGAAAGUGAAAUUUGGAAUUUUCGAUCUGCAGGUCAUCCGUAUGGGAACGGUAGUUGGUAUAAAAAUGGAGUCCUUUCUGUAUUGCGGCUCAGUUAUUAUAAUUUACCAUCACCGUGGUUGAAAAAAUGUUUUGCAUGCUGUUCCAUAUUUCCCAAGGACACCCUCAUAGAAAAGGAGAAGCUGAAACAAAUUUGGAUGGCACUAGGACUCAUUAGUUCUCCUAAUGAAAAAAAUUUGACAUUGGAGGACGUUGGUAGCAGCUAUAUCAAUAUAUUGCUACACAGUUCUCUGUUGCAAGACACUCAAGAGGAUGACUAUGAUAAUAUCACACAUUGUGGGAUGCAUAAUAUUGUGCAUGACCUUUCGUUAUAUGUGUCACAUAAUUUUUCCUCUGUUUUCGAUGGGCUCGAAAGUAAUUCUACAGCGGACAUGAGUAUAAAUGAUGAUGCUGAGGCUGUACAUUUGUCAUUUAAUAAUUCAGCUACAUGGACGCUGUGCAAGAUUCCUGAUCGACGUCUCAACAAUUUGCGAACAUUUUGUGUUGUAGGGGGCUGUGUAGACCUUGAAGAUGUCUUCACAAACUUCACAGGUCUUCGUGUCUUGAUAGUUGAAGACCAGGCUGUCAAGAACUUACCGAAGACUGCUGAUAGAUUGAAACAUUUAAGGUAUCUUGACAUCUCAAGAACCAGAAUCAGAUUUCUGCCGCAGUCCUUUACAAAGCUCUACAAUUUGCAGACAUUAAGGGUCUUUGAUCUGGUAAUGCUUCCAGAGGGGUUCGGCAAACUCAUUAACUUGAGGCACUUUUACAUUCAGCAAUAUCGUCGUAGUCCUCCACAGAAUCUUUUGCUUCCAAGGAUAGGGCAUUUGACUAAUCUUCAAACAUUGCCUUUCUUUUCGGUGAGCCAAGAAAAGGGAUGUCAAAUUGAAGAGUUGGAAUACUUGGACAAUCUUGGAGGUAAAUUAACAAUCUAUGGCCUUGAAAACGUGAACAGCUAUGAAUCUGCUUUGAAGGCAAAUUUGUCAAGGAAGUUUCGAGUCCAAAGUUUGGAACUCUACUGGGAAGGUCCAAACAAGAAUAGCAAUGAUAAAGAUGUGCUCGAGGGUCUCAAACCUCAUAGCAAUUUGAGAAGUCUAAAGAUUGUUGGUUUCCAAGGGUCAAGAUUCCCUCAGUGGAUGGUUCGACAAAAUCUACUGUCAUUGCAUAAUCUAGUGCAGCUUCAAUUGGAGCAUUUGGAUGAGCUUGAAGAUCUCCCUCCAACCAAGAGGUUCCCUAAACUAGAGAAACUGCGUCUGCAUUGGCUUCCAAAGUUGGAAAGUGUACCAGAGGAUACGAGCAAUCUUACCUGUCUUCGGAGAUUGGAAAUUUCUUGUUGCCAUAGUUUGACAAGUUUACCAAAUCUGAAUAGCCUUGCAACUCUUCAGGAGCUGGAGAUGAUCGGUUGCCCUAAUUUGACCCAUCUAUGGGAGGAUUCCACAUGGCAAGAUGGCAUUCUAUCUCUUGAGAAUCUAUGCAUAAGCAAUUGCCCCAAUCUUGAAGCUAUUCCAGCCACUCAAAACCUCCAAUCCCUGCGUAAACUGCAAAUUGAAAGUUGCGAGUCGUUGAAUUUAUCGUUAAAAAAUGUUGGGAAAUUUCGAUCCCUCGAGUUCCUAGACAUUUAUUCCGACCCUGCCACAUGGCCACAGGACAUCUAUGAAUUGACAAGCCUCACGACCUUGCACCUUGGUGGCUUCUCCGAGAACAUUGAUUAUUUUCCUUUGCCCGACACCUUCUCGGGAUCUGUUGAUGGAAUAAAAGAACAUUGUGCCUCUUUAAGGUCCCUUCAAUUGUACGGGUGGCCAAUGAUCAAAUCUCUGCCUGAGCAAAUGCAGUACCUCUCCAAGUUGACUAAUUUAACAAUAAUCAGGUUUGAUGGGUUGGAGGCUCUUCCAGAGUGGCUGGGGAAAUUACAAUCUCUCCAAACGUUGGAGCUUUUUGCAUGCAAGAACCUGAAGUACUUACCUUCAACAGCGAUGGAAUGUCUUGCAGAUUUACACACUUUGAGAAUCAAUAGAUGUCCCCAUUUGAAGGAGAGAUGCACCAGAGGAACUGGCGAAGAGUGGCCCAAGAUAGCCCAUAUUCCUAAUAUUUAUCUCUAGACUUCUUCAUAUCCAACCAUGAUAUACAGAGGAGUAGAUUAUUUGAAACGGAUAGCCUUGCUGAUGAUACCAAGGGAAGAGCGGUUGUUCAGGCCAACAUUUUUUUUUUUUGGGGGGAGUAUUUCCCUGUUUCUGGUUGGGGUCAAAGAUCUACAAUUAGAAUUAUGGAAAUCUGAUUUUUCUUCCAGUUAAUUCUGCCUUUCCUAAGUCCAAAACUUGCCAGGCUGAACCCUCAUCAUUCAGAGGUUACCACACCAGGUUUAGUGCUCCUUUGAAUAUGAUAAAAUUUUUGUCUUCCAAAAAAUGAAUGCAACAAUUUGUUGUUUUGACUACACUGUUUGUCAAACUGUUACUGUUCCUUCUACUGCCAUCUCAUGAUUUAACUUGGGAAUCUUUUGCUGGUCCCUUGACCUUGAAUUUGUUUGUUUUAAGCAUUUAUAUAUAUUCCCAUGAAUGCCUUGGGUUGAAUCUCAUGAUAAUGAAACUUCUCUUCAAUGUCAAUUUGAUAAGUGUGCAAUUACAUAAAUUUCCAACUCCAAAGACAUUUGCCAGGUCGACUGCAUUUCUGUUUUUUCAAUAUUUUCACAGUUAUAAAUCCAUAAUCAUUCCCAUGAUUCAAUUUUUUGGCACUUUCUUCUUAAAAUCUACUUGUCUCACUGAAGUUCCUUGCCUUGCCCAGCUUCCAACUUCAUACUUUCCUUGAUGCUUGGAUGACAUAUUCCCUUGAGGCUUUGAUGGCUAUCCUACUAACUGUUUAACCUUCGGUGCUACGCACUGAGAAGAUGUCCCCACAGAAUCAAUAAACAUAAUCUUUCCUUAAUUCAGAACUUGAGUUGUAUUUUCACUUUUGACUGUGUAAUGACUAUUUUAUGCCCAAUAAGCAGAAGGAGGGCUACGUUUGCUUUCAAAGAGACUGAGGUAAAGGAGCUGAAUUAGUCCUGAGCUUUGAAUCAUAACAAGAGGUAAUAAGGUUAUUACAUAGACCAGGAAUUCCUGAAGCUUUUGUUGGAUUGGCACUGCAACUCCCUGAGAUUCUCAAAAUUAAAUUAUGGAACAAGAUUUGUCCAGAGUCCAGAGUUUAGAUGAGCAUGGUUUUUUUUUUCACUAGUAAGGUGUUGAUCUAUUCAGUUUUCAAUCUUUGAACCAGAAUAGUCGCAUCUUUUGCCAGGGAAUAUUGUAGAUGGCAAAUGCCAAGAUUCUUCUUAGAUGGAGAAGAACAGAGGGUUGAAUGUGCUCAGAAGAAGCUUACAGGAAAAGUCCAAGGAAGAAGUACAAGGUGUCUGGCAUGAACAGCUGACAUUUCUCUUGAAACAAAUUCAACUCCCUUCUGUUGAGUCUUUCAUCCUCUCUCUCAGACAGCGCCAGUAUAUUCAGUGUAAAUAUGGUUAUUCAAUUCAAUGGGACUCUGAUUUGUACCAAUGUGCAUGUUGCAUGGUUUUCAGUUUAGGAUAUUGAUCUGGACC